CAUGGCGCCUGGCGUGCAAGAAGGAAGGAGGGCGGCGGCCAUCUUUGUUGCCGGCAAGAGCGGCGCCGGGGCCCGAUGCCGGCGGAGAAGAUGGCGGUGGACGGGCCCGAGCAGAUGGAGAUGGAUGACGGGAAGGGCGGCACAGGGCUCCGGCAGUACUACCUGUCCAAGAUCGAGGAGCUGCAGCUCAUUGUGAAUGAGAAAAGCCAGAACCUGCGGCGCCUGCAAGCGCAGAGGAACGAGCUGAAUGCUAAAGUGCGCCUGCUGCGGGAGGAGCUGCAGCUCCUGCAGGAGCAGGGGUCCUACGUGGGAGAAGUCGUGAGAGCCAUGGACAAGAAGAAAGUGCUUGUCAAGGUGCACCCAGAGGGCAAGUUCGUGGUGGAUGUGGACAAGAACAUCGACAUCAACGACGUGACCCCGAACUGCCGCGUGGCCCUGCGCAACGACAGCUACACCCUGCACAAGAUCCUGCCCAACAAAGUGGACCCUCUCGUGUCCCUCAUGAUGGUGGAGAAGGUUCCAGAUUCUACUUACGAGAUGAUCGGCGGCUUGGACAAGCAGAUUAAGGAGAUCAAGGAGGUGAUCGAGCUGCCCGUCAAGCACCCUGAGCUCUUUGAGGCGCUGGGGAUCGCCCAGCCCAAGGGGGUGCUGCUCUACGGACCCCCUGGCACAGGCAAGACCUUGCUGGCCAGGGCUGUGGCCCACCACACCGACUGCACCUUCAUCCGCGUGUCGGGCUCGGAGCUGGUGCAGAAGUUCAUUGGGGAAGGCGCCCGCAUGGUGCGGGAGCUGUUCGUGAUGGCCCGGGAGCACGCUCCCUCCAUCAUCUUCAUGGAUGAGAUUGACUCCAUCGGCUCGUCCCGCCUGGAGGGCGGCUCUGGUGGGGACAGUGAGGUGCAGCGCACGAUGCUGGAGCUCCUCAACCAGCUCGAUGGCUUCGAGGCCACCAAGAACAUCAAGGUGAUCAUGGCCACAAACCGCAUCGACAUCCUGGACUCGGCUCUGCUGCGCCCCGGCCGCAUCGACAGGAAGAUCGAGUUCCCUCCUCCCAAUGAGGAGGCCCGCUGGACAUCCUCAAGAUCCCACUCCCGGAAGAUGAACCUGACGCGAGAUAACCUGCGCAAGAUCGCGGAGCUGAUGCCGGGCGCAUCGGGCGCGGAGGUGAAGGGGGUGUGCACAGAGGCUGGCAUGUACGCGCUGAGGGAGAGGCGGGUGCACGUCACGCAAGAAGACUUUGAAAUGGCUGUUGCCAAGGUGAUGCAGAAGGACAGCGAGAAGAACAUGUCCAUCAAGAAGCUGUGGAAGUAACAGCGAGGCCGGGGCUGCUCCUGGGGCUGCACCACCUCUAAUAAAGUGCUGCUGCGGCCAGGCCUGUGCCCUGCUGUGGGGCUGGGGUGGAGGGGGGGGGGGGUGUUGGGACUCAGCACACACCCACACGAGCUGCUGCUAACUGCUUUUAUUAGAAAACAUCCAAAAUAGACAAAAACUGGUUAUACAAGAGGCAGAGCAGGCACCCCUGAGCCGUGUAAACCCCCCUCCCCUCUGCCUGCACCCCCCCGGAGCAGGCAGAGCCGCCCCAGCCCGGGCAGGGGGGGGGGGCAGGUUAAGGCACUUUGGUGGCACCGUCGCCUCCGCCCCACUUGGUCCCCUCAGUCCCCAGCAUCUCCAGUUCCCUCCAUAGCCCUGGUGCUCCCACUGGCUGCUGAGGGCAGAGCCACCCCCUCUGCCCCCCCCCAGGCGUGGGAUCACCUGGGACACGUCACUCAUUCAAUAAAUCAACUGAUUGUCAAAAACUUCCCCCUAAAAAACCUUUUUUCUAUCUAAAAAAAGAGCAGUUUGGGGCCGAGCCAGCCCUUUGAGCCCCCCCCCCCCCCCACUGCAUCGAUUGAGGCCAUGGGUGCAGGAAGAGGAACUCAAUAUAUUACUCAAAUACAAACCCACUGUA